ACCUCUCAGGCUUGUACGGCUUCUUUUGAAAAUAUUAAAACAACUCAAGGUUGACAGUUCUGCCAUACCCAACCUCUGCAUCACCAUCUCCUCGAUGUCGUUAUCCGAAACGCUAUCUCAAUGGGUACGACUGUCAGUAUUCUUCCAAAAGGAAUCCAACUUAUCAUCUCGGCAAAAAUGGAUCUUGGGCUUGGUCAAUUUGGGUUCAGUAGUGAUAUUCUGGGUGCUGUCCUCGUUUUUGGUGAGCGACUUGUUUGAUAGCGAUGUGUAUCGCAAGCCGUUCAUGAUAACUUACCUUAACACGGCGUGUUUCACCCUCUACUUCAUCCCAUAUUUGAAGCUUGAAGGGCUCGGUGUGUCUGAGUUUGUGGCAUUAGUCAAAGCAGAAUACUCUAACCUGCCGCCAGCAUUCAACGAUAUCGAAACGGUAUCGUAUGGUUCAGGUUCAGAUGUUAACGAGAUACCACCCGAGCCGACUCCGGACCUCAAGGUUGGAAUUUUAGAGACUAUUUCGUUGUCAUUGAAGUUCUGCGCCCUUUGGUUUGCCGCCAACUUGGCCACUAACUGCUCAUUAUCGUACACGUCAGUGGCAUCCCAGACCAUAUUGUCCUCGACAUGUUCAUUCUUCACCUUGAUCAUCGGCUUUGUCUACGGGGUGGAAAAAGUCACUCGAAGCAAGAUCUAUGGUAUAGUUCUAUGUUUUGUUGGAGUGGUGAUAGUCACCAGAGACGAUUCUUCUGCCACCAAUCCCGCCACCUCCAACUGGCUAGUGUUGAUGGGAAAUCUCAUGGCACUCAUUGGAGCUCUUAUUUACGGGAUUUACACGAUCUUGCUAAAGAUGAAGACGGUGGUGAAAAACUCGACUUUGGAACGAGAGCUCAAUACGCAUCUUUUCUUUGCAUUUGUGGGAAUCUUCACAUUGGUGAUAUUGUUCCCAGUGAUGGUGAUCCUCCAUUUCACGGGUGUGGAGCGGUUUGUGCUCCCCACCAACAAACACGCGUUGACGCUGCUUCUGAUCAACAUGCUCAUUACCCUCAUCAGUGACUUUUGCUGGUGCCGAGCUGUGCUUUUAACCAGUCCGCUCACCGUCACCGUGGGACUAUCUUUGACCAUUCCGUUGGCCAUGGUGGGCGACUGGGUGCUCAAGGGGUUCCAAUUGAAUCUUUUCUACAUCUCGGGAGCCGCCAUUGUCACUAUUGGUUUUCUCAUCAUCAACCACGACGAAGAGCAAGAGUUCAGUCACAAUCAUAUAGAAUAAUUACUUACAGUUGAUAAAUAUAUUGAACAAUUGAGUUGAACACCUGGUCAUGAACAGCCAACAGUACUAUUGAU